GUUCCUCCACAUUCACUCCUCAGGGAACCGCCCUCCUGCCUACCUGCCUGCUUAAAGAUCUGACGCAAGGCAAAGGCAUGGAUACAGAACGAACCACCCAGCAAACACCCAUUGUUGUAUAGCUAGGGCUUGUUCAUCGUGAGCUUGGGAAGGUCAGAGGCACAAACACCAAAUGUUUGGAGAGGUAGCUCCUUGCUGGCUUUGAAGAAGGGAGGUAUGGUGCUUGGGAGGAAAGUGGAAGGAUGCUGGUGGGAAAACUCCGGGAUCUACGGAAGAGAUGGUGUGCUUCAAAUGAUCUCCAUGGACAAGACACCUCUGCAGACCUUUUGACCUCUGGUGGCUGCAUGUGAGCAAGUGGACAAGGAUGUCUGUGACCAAAACCAGUAAGGAGAUUCCUGCUGCUGCCCCUUCGGUGGAGUGCCCUGUCUGUUAUGAGCCAUUUCAGUCUCCGAAAGUGUCGCGCCGGGUGCUGAGCUGUGGGCACGCUUUUUGCCACGACUGUCUGGUCAAGUGCCUUUUGGUGUCACGUGAUGAGGGCCGGCUACAGAACUGCCUCACCUGCCCCAUCUGCCGCUUUGUGACCUUCCUCUGCAGGAAGAGAGCCUGCUUGCCUUCCAAGAUCUCCUUGAACCCUCCACCUUUGGAGCUGCCGCUCUCCCCUUCUUUGCUGUCCUUGGGGCCAGCAAACACUUUAGUGGUGCCUGGCCAUUUCCUGCUGUCCUUGCGUGGCUACACCAGCCACCAGAAUGUGUGCGGCUGCCCUAGCACGGUGCACCCUGGUGGCUUGGAGCGACAGUCUCACGUCUUCAUUAUCACUCAGUGCGGGAUGCCGCUGAUUGAAGAGAACAUUGGUGUCACCGCUCUAAACCACGAUGUGGAAGCUGCGGGGUCAGUGACGUCUCAGAGAUCCCUAGUAAUGGGCUGCUUCCAAUCACCCAUUGUCUUGGCAAUCAUCCUGGUCUCCACUGUUGCUCUGUUGGGGGCUGUUCUCCCCUGGCUACUAUUUCUGAAAUAGAAUGAAUGGACAUGAUGAAUGGACUUCCCUAGAGGCCUACUCUGCAGGAUCCACACCUCCCCUGCAUCUCCCUUUGGGAACCACAUUAUGAAAAAAGUUAUCCCUUUGGCACACCCGCAAAGAAUUGCAGGAUUCAGGUUGAUGGGAGAUCCACGAAGGAAACAGAACUACAGGAAAUGGUAUUUGUACAAUCCCUCCCUUGUCAUGCAUGAUGGUAUUGCCAAAGUGUGGUUCAGAGGAGCAAGGAAGGUCAACUAGACUAGAGACGGGGUCUAAAUAUCCUACUGAGGAUAAUUAGUGUGUUUAUUUAAUUGUUACAUGCAUAUCCUGCCCUUCAAGGAGCACCUCCAAGGAGCUCAGAGUUGUAUUAAAGUUUCCCUGUGAGGUCAGGGUAGAUUGAGAGGUGACAAUAUUUCUCAAGACCAACCAAUGAGCUUCACAGCUGAGCAGGGAUCUGAGCUCACACCCAAACUCAACAUUGUAGGUGCCUCUGGUGCCAGUAUUGCAUCCAAGGGGAUAUGGGCUGUGCUGUGCUUGUUUGGAAGGGCUCACUGAAGCGAUUCAAUGCCAUUCCACCUCUUCCAUUCCAC